CGGCUACGUCUGCCGCAACAAGUUUCUUUGUGCUCUAUCAUUCUCUGACCUGUCCAGUCCGACUAAUUCUAAAGCAUUUCUAAACUUGCAGGCGUUGGCCUGACAGAGUGGACGGGUUACCUGUCACUGCUUAAGUCUAGACUGCCUAAUUCAGUCAGGAGACUGCUUAAUUCGGUCAGAAGACUGCUUAUAGGAGGGUGCAGGCCUGCCUGAUUCUGUUCGGCGGAUAUGUUGUUAAGGACAGUUGAUUGUGUCCGCAGGGCCUGAAGUGCAAGCACGAGAUCGGGCGUUCGAGAAUGCUGCAAGAGUGCUUGCAGGGUCUGUGGGCUGUGAACGCCAGCGCUGGACACCGCACCGACCCCAGCCUCAUUGCGUACCACUGUCAAGUUGAACACUGGCUGGGACGUGUCCGUACUAAAUAUGGCGCGACUGCCUUUGCCGGCGUAAUUAUCCUCAAUGGUAACUUGGGGUUGUGUUGUAUCUGCAAUUCGUUGCGCCAGUGCGAUGCUAUCGAGGCUGGCCUCCACGCUCUACAAUGCCCAAACACGCUAGACGUCAGGAUUAGGCUUAAGGAAAAAGACAAGCUGCUACCCAAAUUGAUUGAAUGGGUUUUUCAGGACGCCCAGUAUGUGCGAUGGCAGAACAGCGAAGACGUAUCCCUUCUCUAGAUCAAGGUUGGCGCAGGCAAAGGAAAGACGAUGAUGUCCAUAGGCCUUAUUAAGUAUCUUGAGCAGCCCUCCUGUCCUCAUGAGCAGCCUCCCUUAAUAGCGUACUUCUUCUGCCAGAACACCAACUACGAGCUUAACACCAUCGAG